UCAAGGACAUGUCAAAUCGACAUCCUUGGAAUUGUAAAUUUGUAAAUUCUUGCGGCAUUUCUGGGAAUAUUCGCGGCUUUCUCUAUGAAAUUAAAAUAUUUUUCUUUUUAUAUUCUACAUUCAUUCACAAACGAUAAAAGAUAUGAACGACUCAGGUCUCACAGAACAGUUCUCAUUGAGAUGGAACAACUUCCACAGUAACCUCAGCACAGAAUUCCACACCUUACUCCAAGAGGAGGAUUUGGUGGAUGUAACGAUAGCAGCUGAUGGAAAAUUUGUGCAAGCCCACAAAGUGGUGCUCUCCGUCUGCAGUCCCUACUUUAAAAAGCUGUUCAAGCAAAACCCUUGCAAACAUCCGAUAGUGAUUUUGCAAGAUGUGCCGUACACAGCGCUGGGAGGUCUGCUGCAGUUCAUGUACUGCGGGGAGGUCAGCGUUUGUCAGGAAGAGUUGCCCGAAUUUCUCAAAACGGCGGAAAUGUUGCAAGUGAAGGGGUUAACUGGCUGUGAUAAUCAGGAACAAAACAAAUCGCUGAACAAGCGUCCGAGCACGCCGGAAGCGAAGCGGAAAAGCAAGGUGCCGCGGCGGGCGGUGGUCGACGAUCAAGAAGGCUGCGACGAUUCGGUUCGCAGCGAGAGUCCCGUCGGCUAUGACGUCAGCGGCUCGCCGGUGCCGAUCGACUUCAGCGGCGAUUCGGACCGGCGUACCGGCGGCGAACAGUUUUGCGAACAGGACCGGCGAAGCGCCGAACAGUUCUACGAACAGGACAGUCCGCCAGAGGAGGAGGUGGUGGAGGAAGUGAAGCCGAAUGUGUCGGCCAUUGCUGCUCUGCUGCAGGCCAACGCUGUCAACGAGAACAGUGCCGCCAACUACCACCAUCAUCCUCAUCAUCAGCCCAUGCCCAAAACUAACUCAGGUCCCCUGACCGCACCUGCUCCUAGUUUUUCAAGUUCGCUGGAUCAAGGGCUGGAAGGCACACAGGUGUUGCCAGUGAGCCGCAUGCUGUCAGUGUGCCCGUUCUGCUACAAGGAGUUCAGCACCAAGUCGAACCUGAAGAUCCACAUGCGAGACCGACACAGCGGCCAGGGACCCUGGCAGUGCAGCCUCUGCUCCAAACUGGUCAAGAACAAGAGUUCGCUGCGCGUGCACUUCUAUCAGCAGCACCGCAAACCCAAGACCGACAUCCCCAGCAUUCCCGAUCUCAAGCCCAUAUAGAAUUUGGUGCAUGUACUGGAACGUUUUCAUCAAUACCUACUGAUGCAGCCUCCCCUGCCCUUGAGACUCAAGUAGAGUCACGACGGUUUUGGUGGUUGGUUCAGUAUAUUUCAUCUUUAUUUACAAGUCAGUAUAAAUUGGAACAGAAAUAUGAUAAUCUUAAAUAGUCCCUGAAACUAAGCUAAAAUCAGGAUGGUUUUGGAGGUUGUUUGAAUAUUCCGUCUUUAUAAUAUACAAGUCAGUAUAAACUGGAACAGAAAUAUGAUAAUCUAAUAAGCAGCCCUUGAAAAUUGAGUAGAAUCAUGACGGUUUUAAAGUUGGUUGAAUAAUGCAUCUUUAUUUAAAAGUCAGUGUGAAUUGGAACAGAAAUCUGACAAUCUAAUAAAAAUAUCCCCUGAAACUGAACUAGAGUUACAACAAUUGUACUCUUUUUAUGGAUGGUUGAAUAUGCAAUAUUCAUAGUAUAAAAAUCAGUUUAAAUCGGAACAGAAAUAUGAUAAUCCAAUAAACAGCCCUUGAAACUGAAGUAAAAUUAUGACGGUUUUGAAGGCUGGCUGAUAUAUCCUUUUUUAUUUUGAAAUCAGUAUCAAUUGAAACAAAAAUGUGAUAAUUCAAUAAACAUUUCUUGAAACCAAAGUAGAAUCACAACGGUUAUGUAGGUUGUUUGAAUAAGGGCCAAGCCACAAGAAUUGUUUUUCAGACGAUUGUGUAGGUGUUCGAGAAUCAGCCAAUCGGAGAGCUCCCUACACUUCUGGCUCGUCUGAAAAACGCUUUAUGUGGCUAUAAUUCAUCUUUAUUCACAAAGAAUUACAAAUUAGAACAGAAAUCUUAUAAACCCAUAUUAGCCACUGAAACUGAGCUGUAUCAAGAUAAUUUCGCCGUCCAUUUUUGGAAAAUUAAUUCAACAUUCCAUUUUUUAUUAAUAAUUUUUCUUUAUGUGGCUAUAAUUCAUCUUUAUUUACAAAGAAUUACAAAUUAGAACGGAAAUCUUAUAAACCCAUAUUAGCCUCUGAAACUGAGCUAUACCACGAUAAUUUCGCCGUCCAUUUUUGGGAAAUUAAUUCAACAUUCCAUUUUUUAUUAAUAAUUUUUCUUAACUGAGAGAUAAACUUUGACUAUAACUCGCUAUAGAUUGGAAUAUAAAUCUUAUACUCUUCACUUAAUACUUUGAAAUUAAAGGACAUUGUAACAACAGUUUUUGAGUCCACGUUUCAAUAAAUGGAGCAUUUAAUUUUGGUUUACAAUUGAUCCUAGAAAUGAAUGACUUCUGCAACAGCUCUGGGAACUGAACAAUUCUGCCUUCUCCUGUUCCAUAAAGUGGAACCUUCAUUUUUAUUUCAAUUUUCCCCCUAUAUUAAUACUAUACGGUAGUACUUUUCCUUUUUUAUUAACAAUCCACCAUAAUUUAACACAAAUUUUAUAAUUAUCUCUGCUUAUAAAAUUUCCCUAGAACUGCAAUAUUUUUUUUAUUAAAUUGUAAUAUUUAUAUUGCAAAACACAUUCAGAUCCACCCAAAUUGAAACAUAUACCUCGCAAUCGUUGCUGAGUUCCCACUAUAACAACCUCCUAUGCCCUUGAAACAUUACUCGAUCAACAAUUUUAUCAACCCAAGCCUACCAUUUUCAAAAACACAAUAAAACAUUAUCAAUAGUACCCUUUACUUUAUUGCAACUUUAUAGAAUGACCCUGAUGAGAACGUUCUAGUACAUCAAAUUACGAUCAUGAUGAUUGAAUUGAGAAUAUUGUAUAGCUUUAAACCUUUGUAUCUGUUAUUUUUAUAAGAUAUUGUAGGUGACAGCUUACUUAAGAGAUACGUAAUUAGUUUAGUAAUGCACAAAGUGUAUUGAAUUUAACCAUUCUGCUUUAAUUUUUUUCUGCUGCUAUUAAUAGCUGUAGGUAAUAUAAAAAUGAGAACUAUCAUUGAGGUAUAACUUUAAAAAGACAAUUAUUAUUAAUAUCAGAGAACACUCAUGCUACGCAUACUUAGCUUUAUAAGUAGUAUUAAUUUAUUAAGUGUAGACUAGAUUAAUUAAUAUUAAAAUCAAGCAUUUUAUUCGUUUAUAAAUUUUUAUAUUGAGGUUCAAAAUCAGUAUUUUAGACGCCUUUUUGAAGAUUUAUAUAAUAUACUACUAAUUGUACAAAGUAGAUUUUAGAUAUAGAAGACAUCCUCAUCAGUAUUACAUGCACAAUUUUUAUUUUAUAUUUUGAUACAGUAUAUAGUGGUACGAAUUAAUUGGGUAAGACUACGUAUGGUAUUUAUGGUGAGGCAACAGUCAUAACUAUGUUUUUACUAUAUUUUUUAAAGUAAUAUUUUUCACACUUCUUUUUAUUCGAAUCUCUUCAAAUGCCAACAAUACUAACUUAUUGAUCCGUAAUUUUUAUUGGAAAUAUUUUGUAAUUUGAAUGAGAACACAAUCUUUUCUAUACUCAUUUAUUUGCUAAAUUCAUUCGGAAUAUAUUGAUUCUGUUGUUUUCUUUAAAUCAUUGUAAUCAUUUGAAUCAAUACAGGUUGGUAAUACACUGAGUCCCACGAAGAGGUUUACACGUUUAAUUUUAUAUUACGUGCCCAUUCAUGCACCGAACUUUCUAAAUUUUAUACAGUUUACAAAUUAGGUUCUGAAAAUAUCCUGGUAAAUUUUCAGCUCUCUAACCUUCGUAGAAACAAAAUGGUGGCAUAUUGAAAAUUUUACCAGUUCCCUUUCUAUAAAAACUAGUUUCAUGAGUUAUUAUCUGAUUUGUUUACUUCGUUGCGGUAGUCGUGGCUCAUUUGAUUGUACCAGGAAUGGAUCAAGCAAUCUUCCAACAUGACGGUGCUCCACCUCAUUUCGCAAAACAUGUCAAGAAAUUAGUAAAUAGCAAACUUCAUGGCCGUUGGAUUGGUUGUGGAAGUGAUUUUUCAGAUUGGCCACCUCGAUCACCAGAUUUAAGUAUCAAUUUGUGACUUCUUUUUAUGGGGUUACUUGAAGGAAAAAGUUUGUACCCAUAGUUUCAACAAUGAUGAGGAACUAAAUCGAUCAAUAGAAGAGGAACUUCUCCGGAUACCGUGGAGUUUCUUUGUAAGAGCUUACGAAUCAUUUCUCAAGCGCUGUUAUCAGUGUGUUGCUGUGGAUGGAUUUCAAUAGGUUUUUCAUUAGGCUAUGUUCUAGUUUUUUUAUUCAAAGGUCAUAUUGCCCUAAAGUGCAACAAUAAAAAUAUCUUAUAAAACCAAAAAAAAAACUUUUUAAUGUUCUUGAAGUAUCGUUUUUCAAUAUGCCGCCAUUUUGUUUCUACGAAAGUUAGGGAGUUGUAAUUUUCCCAGAAUAUUUGUAAAACCUACUUUGUAAACUGUGUAUAAUUUGAAAAAGUUCGGUGCAUGAAUGGGCAAGUAAUAUAAAAUCAAACGUGUAAACCACUUCGUGGGACACCUGUAUAUGGUUGGUUAUAGUAUGCUGAACUAUUUAAAUGUUUAUGAAUGGAUUUUUUCAUGAGACAAAUACAUUCACAUUAGAUUAUUACUAUGUGGUAUUAUAUACUAAUCUAUUAUUUGAAUGACUUUUGCCUCAACCUGUAUAUAUUGAUCCUAUAUAGAUAUAAGAGUACUGCUGUGUUCGAUACUAUUCAGUAUUUCCCUUGCUCACUAUUGUAAUAGUUAUUAUCAUCCAAUGAAUAUAACUAUAAUAAAUGUAAGAUAGAAAUCGUAGUCGAUCAUGCUAGAAGCUCUCUAAACGGUAUUAUUUUUUAUAAUUUUAUUAUUAUUAAUUAUGCUAAUUUUAUUUGAUCCUACAAUUAUUUUCUCAGAUACUAAAUUCAAGUUAUAACUUGUAAUAAUGUUUACAUUUUAUUUUUAGAUGAUUAGAUUUUAUGUUUUAUUAAUUUAGUUUCAUACUACAUUGUAAAUUGUAUUUCUACAUAAUAUUGUGGAACAAUCCAUGACAUUUUUUGUUUUCAUAUACAUUUUUAUUUGUAGGUCUAUUAUUUUAGUGAAUUUUCAGUCUUUCAAUACAUCAUUGGUACAAUUGUUGGAUACGAUAUAUUUAUAGCUCAGAGGUAAUAUAGAACUGUAUGAUAAUCCCUAAAACGUAUAUACAAAUUAAAAUCUAGAAGAAGAAAUGAUUCUACACUAACAAGGUCGAGAUAAGUGAAAAAAUUGACAGCUUUAUUAAUACUUAGUAGCCUAGAGAAACCAAAUUUUUUUAAAUACAUUUUGGUCUCAUAAUCGCUCUUUAUCACUCCCACAGAUAGGAUUCGCAAUUAGUAACUCAUUGUAGUAACGUUUGUUUCAAGGUACUGUAUUAUUUUUAAAGAAAAUAUACAUUGUACAUUAUUUUCAAUUCAUUCCAAUAGUUUGAGUAUUAAUAAUGUAAGUUAAUAAUUCUUAAUAAGAAUUCUAAUAUUUUUAAUUUUAUGACAAAUCAUAAAUGAUUCAUUCAUUCCAUUAGUUUUAUUAUUAUUUGAUAAUUUCUAAUGUGAAUAGUAAUAAUAAAUGAGUAAUUUCCAG